GCCCCUAGUGCCCAAGCUACACACAGUUGCAGGAAGAAACAACAGCCGCCAUUUUGUUUGUGUGUGAGGGAUGGUUUCCGGGCUUGAUAUGUAUACGUACUGCGGCGCCUUUCCACUCACGAAAGAUUAACAGAACAGCACGCGUGUGUUCUUCUAAUCCACCUCGGAGCCGAAAUCUGAGAGAAAAGAGGCCGGGGGAGAUUGCAGAGCGCCAUUCUCCUGCGGUAAGUCCUGGGACAGCCAUCGUCCCUGUGAGCGAUCCUCCUUCUCCCUCUUCUGGCCAUCCUCCUACAUUGAAGCCAUGUAAGGCCCCCAAAUUGCAGGCAGAGAACUUCCCCUAGCGAUUGGACGAUGCAAUCGGUGAGCGGGGACGGGAGCCGGAGGAUGAGCCGAUACUGUGCGCCGUGCUCAGCUCUGUCACCAUCAUAGACCCCAGGGAGCCAUCCGCGGAAUGGUGAUGUACGGAGAGCUCUGCCAUCUUCGUCUCAGCUAUUAAUCUACGUGAAGGGGGGACAUCGCCUGGCCUCACGAUCGUGCUGACAAAAGCUCAGCCCGUCCUUCUCUUAAUGAGGCCUCUCAUCGAUGAACUGUACAUAGAAUCUGCUCAGUCCGGGAAUACAUGGUGCUCAAUGGAAGGCUGUUUCUAGGGAUCUGGAGUGCUGAUCGUAAGAAAACGUCAUGGCCGAAAAUCUGCUCGAUUCUGGGCCUCCUUCGGCCAAGAAGCCCAAGAUGUCUUCUCCUGCUCUGUCUUCCAGUGAUGGGCCAGAUUUUGGAUCAUUUUUUGACUUGGAACAGGAUCUUCCUGAUGAACUAAUUAGCUCAAAUGAGUUUUCCCUGAGCAAUGGUGGAGAUAUUAAUCAAAGUCACAUGAGCCCAGGGAUUGUACCUGAUGCAGCUGCUAAGCAUAAACAACUCUCUGAACUUUUACGGGGUGGAACUGUAAACAUGGUUAUGGGACAGCAAGUGUCCCAGGCUAGCUCUGGUAUGGGGUUUAUGAACAGUAUGGUUAAAAGUCCAGUGACUCAGCCAGGAAUGUCCUCACCAGCUUUGAACAUUGGAGGUAAUGGAGCCAAUUCAGUUGGUCCCUCUCAAACGUUAAAUUCCUCAUCAGCGGGAAUGAUGCUCUCUAUGAACAACCCAAUAGCGCAGCCUAGAAUCGGCAUGAAUUCAGGGAUAAUCGCAGGUGGAAAUGGUCAAAACAUGUCACAAGGACAAAUAAUGAAUGGAUCACUUGGCAUUGGAAGACAUCAAUCUGGUGUGCCAUACCAUAAUCAAGGAAUGGGAAACUUUGGUAACCUUUUAGGAGAGACGAUGCAACAAAGUGGACCACAGAUGGGGGGCCAACCAGGAGCAAGAAGUCCUCAGGCAACAGCCAUAAACAAGCUUGGAAUAAUGAACAAUUCUAAUCCAUAUGGGGCAUCGUAUGGACAGAAUUCAUGUCCACAGGAGGGAACUACAGGGAUUAGUUUGCAAAUGCAGAACAAAGCUGCUCUACGGAAUGUUUCAGAGUUUUCACUGGAAAAGAAACCUGGAACUAACUUGACAAACAUGGAUCAACAGUCAUCUGCUCAGAUUCCCCAAGCCAACAUUGUUUCUGCUAGCCCUCAGAGUAUGGGUCCUAGUGCUCAGCAAGGAAUUGGUUCUGGAGCACCUACAGCAGAUCCAGAAAAGCGAAAGCUGAUCCAGCAGCAAUUGGUUCUUUUAUUACAUGCUCAUAAGUGCCAGAGAAGAGAACAAGCCAGUGGUGAGGUGCGCCAGUGCAACUUACCUCAUUGUCGUACCAUGAAGAAUGUGCUGAACCACAUGACCCACUGCCAGGCUGGAAAGACAUGCCAAGUUGCACACUGUGCCUCUUCACGCCAGAUAAUUUCUCACUGGAAGAACUGUACACGACAUGACUGUCCUGUUUGUUUACCGCUGAAGAAUGCUGGGGAUAAGCGUAACCAACAAUCUUUGUUUGGUAGCCCACCACUACCUGUAGGAUCUACAGGGACUGUGAGUACCGCUGGCAAUGUGAACCAACAGUCAACACCCUCCAUUAAUUCUAAUAGCCAGAUUGAUCCUAGCUCUAUUGAAAGGGCUUAUGCAGCUCUGGGAUUGCCAUAUCAGGGGAACCAGAUGCAGUCUCAAUCCCAUACACAAGCUAAGGGCCCUCAUCCAGGGCAGUCAAUCCAGACUGUUCGCUCUAUGAACUCAAAUGUAAAUUCAAUGGAUGUCAAUGGUGGAAUUGAUGUGCAGAGCUCUAAUUUGCUUCCUGAUUCUGUGCUACAUUUAGGCAUUAACUCUCAAAAUUCUAUGAUUGGUGAUGGUGGGAGUACUUCCAAGCUAGGAUCAAUUCCAGUUGCAAACCCACCGUCUAAUGUUGGAGGCCGGAAACCCUGGCAUGAGGAUAUUACCCAGGACCUGAGAAACCAUCUUGUUCAUAAACUUGUUCAAGCCAUAUUUCCAACACCUGAUCCAGCAGCGCUGAAAGACCGACGAAUGGAGAACCUUGUAGCAUAUGCUCGGAAAGUGGAAGGUGACAUGUAUGAAUCUGCUAAUAGCAGGGCUGAAUACUACCAUUUACUUGCAGAGAAAAUAUAUAAAAUACAAAAAGAGCUUGGAAAACGGCGCAAUCGGAUGCAGAAGCAGUUGGUUCCAAGUGCUUCAGGCAUGUCUUCUACACCUGUUAAUUUUGGCCUGAGUGUGGCCCCAACACAGCCUGUCGUAUCUACCAAUGGUCCAGUCCCAGAUCAAAACAUUCUACGAUCUGCUGUUCAAAACCAAAUGAUUAAUACUAUGCCAAGCCAGCAAGGUAAGACGUUUAGAAUGAGCAGUUUUGGGCAGUCCGGUAUGCCCCUGCAAUCAAUGAUCCAAAGGCAGCAGGCACCAAUAUCGCAGCAGACAGGACAGUCUGCACCCAUGAAUCAGUUGGGAUUUCCUCAGUCGGCGUGUGCACCUCAGGUUCCUCAGAAUCGUUUUGUGUCCCCAAAUCAAUUCCAGGUGUCCUCUUCUGUGUUGAACACUGUGGGUCUGAACUCUUCUGGCAUGCCUAUGCCUCAGUCUGUGAGUCAGAAUUCCCCUGCACAGGGGCAGAACUCUCCUCGUUCUGUGAGUUCUCCAGCGGUACCUCAGGAGUCAGUUGAGAAUCCACUCGAAAGUCGUGUGCAGACACCGGUCCAUCAUAGUUUAUCCCCAGCUCCAAGCCUCAUUUACUGCAUCCCCUCAACAGUUAACACAAGCACCAUUGUCUCGGCCUCCAUCACAAUCAAGUUUGUCAACACCUGUCUCAACUCCUGCACCACCACCACCGCUGCCACCAGCGAAACAUCUGCACUCAAGCCCUUUGCAUUCGGAGUCUACACCUGUUUUGGAAUGCUCUGGAUCAGCCCAUCAACAGCUAAUAGCCCUGAUAACGGUUCACAGCAGAAUGCCCCUGAGCAUUCUCAGAAAGAUGUUAACAUGGAAAUUAAACAAGAAGUAGAAGAACCAGAAACUGUAGAAGCACCUCCUGAGGAGAAGCCAGAGGUUAAAGCUGAAGUUGACUGCAAGCCUGAAGUGAUGGAUUGUGCAGAAAAGAACAGUUUAGCUUCAGAUGUAAAAGAGGAAGAAGAAAAACCAGACAUACCUGCCACACAGUGUUCUCCUGCAGGGAGUCUAAAAGUUUUCAAACCGGAGGAGCUACGCCAAGCUCUCAUGCCUACACUAGAGGUAUUAUACCGUCAAGAUCCAGAAUCUCUUCCAUUUCGUCAACCCGUAGAUCCUCAAAUAUUAGGAAUCCCAGAUUACUUUGAGAUAGUCAAAACUCCAAUGGAUCUGUCAACUAUUAAACGCAAACUGGAUACAGGACAGUACCAGGAGCCAUGGCAGUAUGUGGAGGACAUUUGGCUGAUGUUCAACAAUGCCUGGCUGUAUAAUCGAAAAACAUCCCGCGUUUAUAAGUACUGCUCAAAACUGGCUGAAGUAUUUGAACAGGAGAUUGACCCAGUCAUGCAGAGCUUGGGCUAUUGUUGUGGAAGAAAGCUUGAAUUUUCUCCACAAACGUUAUGCUGCUAUGGGAAACAGUUAUGUACAAUUCCACGUGAUGCUACUUAUUACAGUUACCAAAACAGGUACCACUUCUGUGAAAAGUGCUUCAACGAGAUCCAAGGAGAGAGUGUAUCUCUUGGUGAUGACCCAACGCAGCCACAGACUACCAUCAACAAAGAACAAUUUUCCAAACAGAAAAAUGACACUCUGGAGCCAGAACAGUAUGUGGACUGCCUAGACUGUGGUCGGAAAAUGCACCAAAUUUGUGUUCUUCAUAAUGACACAAUCUGGCCAACUGGUUUUGUUUGCGAUCGUUGCCUAAAGAAAGGUGGCCAAACCAGAAAAGAGAACAAAUUUUCAGCAAAACGGCUUCCUACCACAAGAUUAGGUACAUUUUUGGAGAAUCGUGUGAAUGAUUUUCUACGAAGACAGGCUAAUCCUGAGGCUGGAGAAGUUUCUGUGCGUGUUGUCCACGUCUCUGACAAAACUGUGGAAGUGAAACCUGGCAUGAAAGCCAAGUUUGUGGAUACAGGAGAAAUGGCAGAGUCUUUCCCUUACCGUACAAAAGCCCUUUUUGCUUUUGAAGAAGUAGAUGGUGUCGAGUUGUGCUUUUUUGGCAUGCAUGUACAGGAGUAUGGAUCUGACUGCCCACCACCCAACCAGAGGCGUGUAUACAUCUCUUACCUGGAUAGUGUUCACUUUUUUCAACCAAAGAGCUUGAGGACAGCGGUCUACCAUGAAAUUUUAAUUGGAUACCUUGAAUAUGUUAAGAAACUUGGGUACACGACUGGACAUAUCUGGGCUUGUCCUCCUAGUGAAGGAGAUGACUACAUUUUCCAUUGCCACCCUCUUGAUCAGAAAAUACCAAAGCCCAAACGUUUGCAGGAAUGGUAUAAGAAAAUGUUGGAUAAAGCGGUGUCAGAGCGUAUUGUUCAUGACUACAAGGACAUCUUCAAACAGGCAACAGAAGACCGGCUUACUAGUGCCAAGGAGUUGCCCUACUUUGAAGGAGAUUUCUGGCCAAAUGUAUUGGAGGAGAGUAUAAAAGAAUUGGAACAAGAAGAGGAAGAAAGAAAAAGAGAGGAAAAUACUGUCCUUGAUGAAAGCGUUGAGGUUGGAAAAGGUGAAAGUAAGAAUGCAAAGAAAAAAAACAACAAAAAGACCAGUAAAAACAAAAGCAGUCUGAGCAGAGGGAACAAGAAGAAACCUGGUAUGCCUAAUGUUUCCAAUGACUUGUCACAAAAGCUUUACGCCACAAUGGAAAAACACAAAGAGGUCUUUUUCGUUAUCCGUUUAAUUGCUGGGCCCGCUGCCAACUCCCUGCCCCCUGUCAUAGAACCAGAUCCCUUAAUUCAAUGUGACCUAAUGGAUGGACGUGAUGCCUUUCUAACUCUUGCAAGGGACAAACACUUGGAAUUCUCUUCCAUGCGUAGAUCUAAAUGGUCUACUAUGAGCAUGCUAGUGGAACUUCAUACCCAAGGCCAGGACCGAUUUGUCUACACUUGUAAUGAGUGCAAACACCAUGUAGAGACACGAUGGCACUGCACAGUAUGUGAGGAUUAUGAUUUGUGCAUCACGUGUUAUACGACAAAGACCCAUGAACACAGAAUGGAAAAACUUGGUCUUGGCUUGGAUGAUGAGAAUAGCAACCAGCAGGCAGCAGCAACACAAAGCCCUGGAGAUUCCCGUAGGCUAAGUAUUCAACGCUGUAUCCAGUCCCUGGUUCAUGCUUGCCAGUGUCGCAAUGCCAAUUGCUCCCUGCCAUCAUGUCAGAAGAUGAAGAGAGUGGUACAGCAUACAAAGGGCUGUAAACGCAAGACAAAUGGAGGAUGCCCAAUAUGCAAGCAACUUAUAGCACUUUGUUGCUACCAUGCCAAACACUGCCAGGAGAACAAAUGUCCUGUGCCCUUCUGCCUCAAUAUAAAACAUAAGCUUCGGCAGCAGCAAUUGCAGCACAGGCUUCAACAGGCACAAAUGUUGCGCAGACGUAUGGCUAGCAUGCAAAGAACAGGGGUUGUAGGUGUUCAGCAAAGUCUUCCUUCUCCAAAUUCAACUGGUCCAACAACACCAACUGGACAGCAGCCCCCCAUAUCCCAUACUCCUCAAUCACAAUCUCAGCCUCAACAACUUCCUUGUAACAACUUGCCACCUUAUGGUAUGCAACAUGCUCAUUCCUCCAGCUGUAUGUCACAGGGCAAUCCAACUGCACAAGUAACACCACCGACAUCCCAGGCAGGAUCAGUACAGCAGCCUGGUCCACCUCCAGCUGCUGUGGAGAUGGCUAUGCAGAUUCAAAGAGCAGCAGAAACCCAAAGGCAAAUGGCAAAGUCACAACUUUACCCACCCCCAAUGUCAAACUCUCAUCAAAUGCAGCCCAUGAAUGCCAUGCAGUCUACAGGGAUAAGCACACAAGGAAUACGAGGACCAAUUCUCAUGGAUUCUGGGAUGAGACCUACAGGAAUGGCACAGCCACACCAGCCUUCAUUACCCCAACAACUACCAAGGGUACAAAGUAGACCUCAAAUGAUGCAGCAUAGCAUGCAGAGACCACCUGCAAUGCCUGUACAGCAAGGACAGCAAAUGAACAUUACUCUGCAGGGUAGUAUGGGUCAGAUCCCUGCAGCAAGCCAGGGAAAACAAAGUUCCUUGCCGCAAGCUGCAGUUCUCCGUAAUUUGCGGUCCCCUAGUUCCCCAAUGCAGCAGCAACAGGUACUUAAUAUACUACACUCAAAUCCACAGCUAUUGGCUGCUUUUAUAAAGCAAAGAGCAGCUAAAUAUGCCAGCACCCAGGCCCUACAGAGUGCUGGGAAUAUGCCCGGGAUGCCCUCCCAAGGAAAUCUUCCACAUGUCAUGCACCCCAAUGCAAACAUGCAAAGUGUGAGUCCCAUGCAGGCAGUUGGACAACGGACAUCUAUGCCACAGCAGCCUCAGGCUCCUCAACAACAGACUCUUCAACCUCAAUCAUCUCAACAGACCAUAGCAGGGUUGAAUUCACAGGGCCAACCAAUGAAUAUGAACCAUGCCGGAAUAUCACCGCAGUUUCGUGAGCUUCUGAUCAGACGACAGCAAAUGAUGCAGCAACAGCAGGGAUCUGGUGCUGGGAUGAUAAAUCACAACCAGUUUCAGCAACAUCAAGUCAUGAGUGGGUAUACACAACAGCAGCGCAUUCAUCAUAUGCAAAUGCAACAAGCCCAAGGUAGUAUUGGACAGAUAAGCCAGUUACCACAGGGAAUGUUAAAUGACACGAACAGCAGCUUGCAGACUUUUAAUCAGCGAAUUCUGCACCAACAAGUGGGACCUUCAGCACAACAGAACCUCAUGAGUCCACAGCAACAUAUGUUGUCAGGUCAAGCUCAGUCUCCCCACUUACAGGGCCAGCAGCUCCCUCCUUCAUUAAGCAAUCAAGUUCGUUCUCCUCAACCAGUGUCCUCCCCCCGAUCCCAGCCACCUCACUCUAGUCCAUCACCUUGUAUGCAACCACAGCCCUCUCCCCACAAUGUUUCCCCACAGGCAAACUCUCCUCAUACAAGCAUUGUAGUUGGGCAGGGGAACCCUGUGGAUCAAGGGCAUUAUGGGAGCCCAGAUCGCACAACCAUGUUGUCGCAGUUAUCUGGUCUUCAUGGAGGGGGCAUAUCUGACUUGGGUUUAAAUCCAGAUAACCCGGACCUUAAUCCCAGCCUUUCACAGAGUACACUAGACAUCCACUAAAAACAGUAUGAAAGUAGUAAAAUACGAUUCUUCUUUACUUGGACAAAAGACUAUAACAAAUCUAGAAAUAAAAGUUUAUUUUCUUCUCAUACUGACUUUUUAUACUAAAGAACAGCUGUUUCAGUACUGGGAAUUUGGAAGGGUGAGUGGUAAUGUAGGAUUUGUAAAUAUUUUUUUAGAAUAUAUAUAUAUAUAUAAAUAUAUAUAAUUUUUUUGUAUUAUUAAAAGACUCUGAUGUAUAAAGACCUGCAGAGUGUGGGGAGGGACAUAUAUUAAUAUUCAUGUUUUUGUUAUUAUAAUUAUUGCAAAGAGAAUAUAUUUUCUGUGGCUGGGCCAGCCUCAUGACCUCUUCCUCUUAUUUUUAUUUUUUAUUUUCCCCUCUGCUAAGGAUACACAGUGCAUUUUCCCCAUUAUUUCAGAUGACUUCCAUCUGUUUAUUUUUUUUUUUUUUUUGUUUGUUUUACUGUUUUAUUUUUGUCUUCUUCCUUUUUUUUUUUUUUAUUUUAUUAAAAAUGUCUUUUUAUUUGAGGUUUGUCUUUGUGUUGUCCGGUCUUUAUCCAUGUUUUGUGUCAACAUGUUGGCUUUUGUAUUUAAUCCAUGUUGUGGUAAAUAUUUUCAUCACCCACUAAAUAUUGCUGCAUUCACCAACUUUUGAUCUGCUGUGGCCAUGCUACACAUAUUACUUCUUUUUUUUUUUUCUUCCUGUGUGUGUGUGUGUAUAUAUAUAGUGAAAGAAGCCAAAAACUGUUAUAUAUAAUUUUUUUUUUCAGGCAACCUUCAAAGUGUUCAUGAGCCACAGCAGGAAGGUUUUUCUUUUUUUUCUUUUUUUUUUCUUUUUUUUCCUUGCCCUUACAUUGGGCAAGCAAUAGUUUAAUUUCUUGUUGAUGGCAUGUGAUGAAAGAGCUGUGCUGCAAGUAGAAAUCCUCAGGGGAUGGUUAAAUGCUGUUUAAAUCUGAAGACUACAAUCUUGGCAGGUACAAGGCUUAUUAGGAAUGUUCAUUCACACUUUGGCCUUGCACAUCCUACUAAAGAACCCCAUACAAUGCUUUGCUUAUUUAUGCAGUCUUUAAUGGUAUUUUAUGUCCAUCUUUCAGAUGGGCUAAAUGCUUUCAACUCCAGCUAAACGUUUUUUUUUUUUUUUGGUCAUUUUUGGAUAGAUUAGGGAAGAAUUCAAAUCUUGUCAGGUAUUCAUUAUUGUCUGUGUCCCUGUUAUGGAGAGGUCCAAUCUCCGUUUAUUUUCUUGGAAAGCAUUGUCAAUGGAACUGGGAGUAGUGGGGAAAACCAGAGGCACAGGUGUAGAACCUGUUCUGGCAACAACUCGAGUAGAAUUUCCCCUCAUAUUGGGGAGAUAACCUUUGCACUUCCUGACAUGUUUCUGGAAGCUGAAUUUUAAGGGAGAGCUCUCUGAUGGGGACAUGGAAAUAAAUAAAAUCCUGACAGAGGGUUAAACUCUUCCCCACUGUAGCCCCAUCCUAUAUAACAAUAAGUCUCUGGAAUUCCACCUUCAAUAAUUGUGUAUGUGUGUGAGCUAGAGAGAGAUAGAUGUAUCUAUCUAUUGGUGUGCGUGGGCUAUAUCGCACUCUCUGUUUCAAGAAGUAGCUUAAAGGAGUAUGAUGUGAGAAUUUUAAUGCUAGCUUCCUCUGGUGUCCUGAUUGGCUGUCCUUGGCAAACAGGUAAAAUGGGCCAGUCUCUAUCACCCUCCCAUCUGAUAAUGUGGUGUAAAUUAUGCAUUGAACAUGGGGUCUCAAACUUUAAAUCACUGUACAUAUUGUUGAAAUUUGUUUAUUACUUAUGUAUAAAUAAACUGUGUGAGACAGACAAGA